AUGAACAAACCAUUAUCCGAGUCAGAUCCGGAAUUGUUUGAUAUUAUCGAACGCGAGAAGCAGCGCCAACGCGAUUGUAUCAGUCUAAUCGCGUCCGAAAACUGUACGUCUGUAGCUGUGUUGAAUGCUUUGGGUUCUGUCAUGUCGAACAAGUACUCGGAAGGCUAUCCAGGUCAGCGCUAUUACGGUGGCAAUCAAAUUAUCGAUCAAGCCGAAGAGCUUUGUCGUGCACGCGCUCUAGACGCUUUCAGACUGGACCCUGAACAGUGGGGAGUCAACGUCCAAUCGCUUUCUGGAUCGCCUGCAAAUUUUCAGGUGUAUACUGCACUUUUGUCACCUCACGAUCGCAUUAUGGCUCUAGAUCUACCACAUGGCGGCCAUCUCUCGCAUGGCUAUCAACUUGGACGAAAGAAGAUUUCGGCCACUUCUAUUUUCUUUGAAAGCAUGCCUUAUCGACUGGACGAAAGUACGGGACUUAUCAACUAUGACGAACUUGAAAAGACGGCUGCGUUAUUUCGUCCGAAGCUUAUUGUAGCAGGUAUCAGUGCUUACUCACGCCAUAUCGACUAUGCGCGGAUGCGUGAAAUCUGUGACCAGCAAGAUGCUGUGCUACUUGCCGACAUGGCUCAUAUUAGUGGCCUUGUCGCUGCUGAUGUUGUACCAUCACCUUUCGAGCAUGCAGACGUAGUAACUACUACGACGCACAAGUCGCUUCGUGGACCACGUGGUGCCAUGAUCUUUUAUCGCAAGGGUGUUCAUCAUGUUGACAAGAAAAGUGGAAAAAAUGUGAUGUACGACCUUCAGCAAAAGAUUGACUUUGCUGUAUUUCCUGGCCUUCAAGGUGGACCUCACAACCACACGAUUGCUGCAUUGAGUACGGCGCUAUUACAAGCGCAAAGCCCAGAAUUCAAGGCUUAUCAGUCGCAGGUGCUUGCGAACUCUCGUGCUAUGGUCUCGGAGCUGAUGAAACGUGGCUACGAUGUAGUUUCAAAUGGUACGGACAAUCAUUUGGCUCUUGUAGAUGUCAAGAAAUCGCGUGGUGUCGAUGGUGCCCGUGUCGAGUUCGUACUCGAGAGUGCCAACAUGGUUGUGAACAAAAACACGGUGCCUGGAGACAAAAGUGCGUUUGUACCCGGUGGAAUUCGUCUUGGUGCACCUGCAUUGACGACACGUGGGUGCACUGAGGAAGACUUUCAACAAAUUGCUGCAUUUUUAGAUGAUGGUGUGACGCUUACAGCGGAACUCAAUGAACGAGCUCGCAACCAAGGCGCGAAGAAGGUAAAUGACUUCAAGGAAUUCGUGGCGAAUGAUGCUGAAUCAAAGGAGAAGCUUAACGCUCUCAAGAAUAAAGUAACGAUGUUUGUGCGUCAAUUUCCAACCAUUGGCUAUAGCGAGGAGGACAUGAAAUACAAGGACUAG